UGAGAGUGCGUGGGAGGAUGUAUAUAAAAAGGUCUUUCCAUCAGAUCAACAGAUAUCAAAGUAAUGAACAGUGAAGGUCGACUGAUGAACUCGAGGAUUUAAUUUAUUGAGGAGGAUGAGAAGAGAGGCACUGCGCAGCAGGUAGUUUACAAUCCUACUUGUGGCACCGCCGAAGUAUUUUCCUCACUAACUUCAAGUACAUUUUAAAUGCAUUUGCAGCUUUGACAGCUGUGCGCACGAUGGCAGAGGUUGGAAGCUUUCUCGGGGCACUCGAUCUGGAUUUACAAAGUUUUCCUGCAUUUGGAAAUAUGCCAUUGGCAGAGUCGCCCGUGGGAUUAAAUGAACGCUUGGGACAGAUUGAGGGGAGGUUACAACGGGGUUUGCUGACGGAUUUUGGUCACCUCAAAGGGAUUUUGCGGCGACGGCAGCUGUACUGUCGUACGGGCUUUCAUUUGGAGAUAUUUCCUAACGGAACUGUUCACGGGACAAGACAGGACCAUAGCAGAUUUGGUAUCCUGGAGUUCAUAAGUCUAGCUGUAGGUUUGGUGAGCAUCCGUGGUGUGGACGCGAGUCUCUACCUGGGCAUGAAUGAGAAAGGAGAGCUCUAUGGGUCGGAGAAACUAACGGCAGAGUGUGUGUUCAAAGAACAGUUUGAGGAGAAUUGGUACAACACCUAUGCCUCUACGCUCUACAAGCACAUGGACACGGAACGUUUCUAUUAUGUAGCACUCAACAAGGACGGUUCGCCACGUGAGGGGAAUAGGACUAAGAAACACCAGAAACUCACACACUUCCUUCCACGGCCUGUGGAGAUCGAUAAGAUCCAACAGGCCUACAGAGACCUGUUUCAGUACAGAUGACCAGAAACUUCAUUGGUAAAACUGGGAUAAGAAGAGGAUGAUAAAGAAAAUGAGAGUGGAAAAAGGGAUUGUCUGAUCUAGAUCUCUACCACCUCUACCUCCCGCUUCUCCUCACCCCCAAGGUGUUUAUGUUUGCUUCUUCUGUACAAAUAGUGACCCCCCCAGCUCCCUUUCCCAGUCACUACACAUAAAAUAAACACCAGAUAUUGCGUGUCUUCCAGGAUGUAACCACCCCGUCUUGCGAAACAGUUUCUGAUUGCAGAGGGAAUAGGAUUUACUUCCUCAAAGCUACAACUAGAGAUGGGGUGAUGGAGAGAGGAAGAGAGGACAGUAGGAGGAAACAAAGCCAGAGGAGAUGGAGCAAAGGAUGUCCAGGGAGAGGUUCUGGCCUCUGUUCCAUGUGGCUGUUGCCCAAGAGUAACCAGGGCUUAAAAUUUAAGAUCCACUUUAAUAUCUGAUAAUCCACACACCACAGCAUUCCCUACAACUCUAACUGAACACAGCCUAGUACUAAACCAUGUCAAUGUAUUUGUAUGUAUUUAUAUCCAUACAUUCAAUGCACUGUUAGAGACAGAACAGAGAGCUACAGAACCAACAUAAUUAUGAGUCAUGCUUGUUAAACUGUCAGGGUAGCAGUUAAAACAUGUGGAACCUUUGCUUAUUUUUCACACUAAUUUAGAGACGUAGGCCUACCACACAAAUACAAGUUCAGCAUAAAAUACCGACCAGAUAACCAAAAAAAACGGAUUCAGUUCACAACAGAAAAAUUAUCCUAGUUGUAAAAUAUUUUUGUCCUGUUCUCUGUCUGUAGGUUUUGAUGUAUUAAAUAAAUAAACGCUGGUUUUAGAACUUCAAACACUUUAAAUAUGCAGUUACAACAAAGGGUUGGUGUCUAAUUACAUGCUUAAACUGCUUCAAAAAACUGUUGUAACUGAAUCCAUCUUUAGUGAGUGAUGUUUUCUGAGCAUGGGCCUAAGGACACUAUGGGACUGAAGUGAAGUGGAGUGAACUCAUAAGCUAUGUGCAAAAGGUUAACAAUUUGACAGCCAAUGAAAGUGAGAUCCUCCAUGUCAGAGAGACAAUCAGUAAUGGCAAGAUGGAAAAUAAUGUGCCUUAUAUGUGAGGUAAAACUGAGGACGACUGGUUGAGCAGGAAACCUUUAGUUCACCAGGUUCCUUCCUGAAUCUUUAAUUGAAGUGAAAUAAAAAGAUAUGUUCAGAGACACUAGUGGAUCAAAUUGGUCAAAGAGCACUUACCAGUUUUCUUGAAGAGACACCCAAUAUGCCCGUAUCUGAU